UGCAUGAGUUCCGCUGUCACUACACACCUACAAUGACGGACUCAGGGCACAGGCUCAAAAUACUGAAGUUUCUGAAGAUUAUUUUUAGUAGCUUUUUCAUUACAGUCGUAGUAUUACUCACUAUAGCUUCUAUCAGGACCUUCUCUCUGGAUGUCAACGCCGGACUCCAACUGGCAAACUGGGAAAAGACCAGUAACAUCUCGUUUUCCAUAGACCAGCAUCAGAGAGAGCAGCUGUUUGCUAACUUUAAAGAGUGUAUCCGGAUCCCCACGGUGUCCUACUCUGAGACCGACAUCAACACCACCGCACUGCUUCACUUCGACAGGUUCAUCCGGAAAGCUUUUCCUACAAUUUUCUCUUCAAGAUUGGUACAGCAUGAACUGGUGGCGAACUACAGCCACCUCUUUUGGGUUAAAGGCUCCCAGCCUGACCUGGUGCCAUACCUGCUGCUGGCCCACAUUGAUGUUGUACCUGCAUCAGAGUCUGAUGGAUGGGAGGCACCGCCAUUUUCUGCCAAAGAGAUUGAUGGCUUUAUAUAUGGCAGAGGGACUAUAGACGAUAAGGGCCCUCUAGUGGGAAUUCUUCAAGCGUUUGAGUACUUACUGAUGAAAGGCUACGCCCCACGCAGAGGAUUUUACAUUGGCCUUGGUCAUGAUGAAGAAGUCAGUGGUUUCAAUGGGGCGAUGAACAUAAUGCGCAUAUUAAAACAGCGUGGGGUUCAGCUGUCGUUUGUCCUGGACGAGGGCCUGGCUAUACUUGAUGGAGUCAUCAGUGGUCUGGAGGGACCUGCUGCCCUAAUUGGGAUUAGUGAGAAGGGCUCUGCCACAGUUAAGCUGAGUGUGUCGAUGGUCCCCGGUCACGCGUCAAUGCCUCCCCGUGAGUCCACUAUAGGUAUUUUAGCUGCAGCAGUCAAAAGACUAGAGGACAAUCCAAUGCCAAGGUCUUUUGGUCUCGGGCCUGAACGUGGAAUGUUUGAGCAUUUAGCCCAAAAGUUCAGGUUCCCAAUGAAGCUCAUUAUGUCAAAUUUGUGGCUGUUUUCCCCACUCCUUGGCAGGGUAUUGGAAAGAAAACAAGAAACCAAUGCUUUUGUAAGGACAACCACUGCUGUCACAAUGUUUAAUGCAGGAGUGAAGGUGAACGUCAUUCCUUCUCUUGCUGAAGCUUACGUAAAUCUGCGAAUCCACUCAGCACAAUCAUUGCAAGAGGUUGUGGACCUCAUCCAUUCUACAGUGGGAGACCAGCGAGUUAAAAUAGAACUCGUUGAUGGAUUUGAUCCCUUGCCUGUCAGCUCCUAUGAUGAAAGGUCUUUUGGUUUCCAGAUCAUUAAGAAAACUGUGUUGGACAUGUUUCCAACAGUGACUGUUGCUCCAGGUAUUUGUAUUGGAAACACCGACAGUCGACACUUUAAAGACCUGACCAGUGAUAUUUAUCGCUUUGCCCCCCUCUGGUUUAAACCAGGUGAUGCCCAGAGAUUCCAUGGCAUCAAUGAAAGGAUUUCCAAAAGUAACUUAGAGGAGCUUGUAGCAUUUUACUUCAGUCUUAUUCAAAACUGUGACAUUAACAAGCUCCCGGAGCCUCACACCUCUGUUCAUGAAUUGUAAAGAGUGAAAACUAAAUGGCACCUUUGUUUUAUGUUUACAUUGCUUCUCUUUAUUUCACCAGUGUAAUACAGGACCAGAAUUGGACACAUUUGUCAUUGUGUAUUUCACAAAUUGAAUGAUUUUAAGGAUAGAUUGUACAGUUGUUUUUCAGUACCUAGUUUUAAGUAAGUAAAUUUGCUCUCAUGCGAUAACAUACAGUAUUGAUCUUGUGAUGAAAUGAUCCUGGGUGAAACAUUGUGACUGGCUUUGCAUUUGGGGGUUUUGAAGCAGGCUGAUGAAGAGAUAAGAAAAAAAUGAAAGGUUGCACUGCUAAAAAAAUACUAUUUUCUGUAGCAAUCAUGGUGGUACAUGCUGGAAAUGGCUGAAUAAUUUUGUUGUUUAUAACGCUGAAUGACAGCACAUUAAGAUGUUGCUCACUGAGAAAAUGCUGGAUUGUGACAUUAAAAUGUAUUUUGUGGUA